GCUCUCCGCUCACAUCCACACGAAUUACUAUACCUGAGGUCACCUGUGCCUUUUGAGUCUCUCUGGGGCAAUUCUUCAGCCGUCAUGCUCUUCAAUCACAAUUUCUAGCUUUUUGCGACCGGCCUCAUCAAUACGCUCGUUCGAAAGCUUCUCCAAGCUUUACCAAUCCGCCUGGACCCUGCAUUUGUCAGACAAUACCUAUCUACAGGAUACAUCCAGCCACAACCCACAACGACUCCGUAUAAUUCUACCAAGUUGUCCGCGAAAGACUGAGACUAGGGACGCCUGUUCAACCGCUGCUACUGAAGCUAUUUGCAGCCAUGGAAUACACGCACCAUCCUUACUACAAUCCUGAUCCCCAAGCUUACUCUUACCUUGGCCUCCCAACGACUACAGCUGGAACGAACAAUGUGGACUCGGAUAAUUUUGGUGACUCUGCUAUAAAGGCACAAGACCCCUUUGAUCAAGGCUACUCGCAACUGAGCAAUUAUGCCCAGUUCGAACAACAGGCUCACCAGGCCUUGAACGGGAGUGGCAACGGUAUCAUGUCCGACUCAUCAUCCUCGAUACACAAUGCUGCUCCUGAAGGCGCCUUGAACGGAAGCCUAGGAAAUGCAAAGCCAUCAGACCCCGACGACCAAAUACGCCGGAGCAGCAGCGAAGAGAAGGAACUCACGCCUGCUCAGUCUCGGCGAAAAGAGCAGAAUCGAGCUGCGCAACGAGCCUUUCGCGAGCGCAAAGAGCGACACGUCAAAGAACUCGAGAUCAAGCUUACAAGCAUGCAGCAAGCGCUAUCUACAAUGCAAGCUGACAAGGAGCGUCUCGAGCGCGAGCUGCACCACGUCUCGAUGGAAAAUGAGCUACUCCGAUCUACCAAUGGCAACAGCUCGAAUGGCGGAGCCCAUGCGCAAAGUGAUCCGAACCAUCACUCAGCCAACGUCACUGUCGGCCCGAUGAGAUUUUCCCCGGUCGAUUUCACGACGAGUCUGCAGGAGGGACACCGCGCCAGCUCAGCAUCUGCUCAUCGCGUCACAGUCAGCGAACGAACAGGGGAGCGUCUUUUGGCCGCGGGCGCAGCAUGGGACAUCAUUGUCGAACAUCCUCUUUUCAAAAAGGGUCUGGUUGACAUUGGUGAUGUAUGCGAGCGCCUCAAGCGGAUCACUCAGUGCGAUGGACAAGGGCCAGUGUUUGGAGAAGGCGAGGUCAUGCGCGCAAUCGAAGCAAGUGCUGCUAGCGGAAGCGAUGAAUUGAUUUGAGCAGGGCAAGGCAUGCUGGACAUGUCUACGACCUGAAAAUAUUCCAUAUCCUGUAUCUGCUUCUCUCUAUGGCCAGGCAAGUCCAACCCUGGAUAGGAAGCGCGGAUACUGCAAAAGGCAACGCAAAAAAGAAAUCUAUGCGUAGCCUCGCUAGUAAAGGAAAAAUGGGCGUUUGUGGGUUUCAAAGCAAUCUAUAAACAUACUCUGGGGAAAGGGCGUUAUCAGGUGCUACGGAAGGGUUCGGAACCAGGGUUUCGGGAGAUUGAGAAUCUAUUUCUUUUCAUUUAUGCUUUACAUAUACCACGAUAUCAUAAGUAGCACAGUAGCGCAACGUCGCAAUUCCGAUUCUUUCUGCAAUUUUUCUUUCUCUUCAAUUCCGGG